CGGGCGGCCGGGCGGGGCUCGCGGGGCCGCGUUCGCUCCAGUCUCCGCCGCUGCGGCUCCCGUGAGGUUGUCCCGCCAUGGAGCAGCCGCGGAAGGCGGUGGUGGUGACCGGGUUUGGCCCUUUUGGGGAGCACACUGUGAACGCCAGCUGGAUUGCUGUCCAGGAACUGGAGAAGCUGGGCCUCGGGGACAGCGUGGACCUGCAUGUGUAUGAGAUCCCUGUGGAAUACCAGACUGUACAAAGACUCAUCCCUGCACUGUGGGAGAAACACAGUCCCCAGCUUGUGGUGCACGUCGGGGUGUCGGGCAUGGCUACCGCGGUGACACUGGAGAAGUGUGGCCACAACAAGGGCUACAGGGGCCUGGAUAAUUGCCGCUUCUGCCCUGGCUCCCAGUGCUGUGUGGAGGACGGUCCUGAGAGCAUCGAUUCCAUCAUCGACAUGGACGCCGUGUGCAAAAGGGUGACCACGCUGGGGCUUGAUGUGUCUGUCACCAUCUCCCAGGAUGCUGGAAGGUACCUGUGUGACUUCACCUAUUAUACCUCACUCUACCAGGGCCGCGGCCGGUCAGCCUUCGUCCAUGUGCCCCCGCUGGGCAAGCCCUACAAUGCCGACCAGCUAGGCCGGGCACUGCGGGCCAUCAUCGAGGAGAUGCUGGGUGUCCUGGAGCAGGCGGAGGGGGACAUCGGUUGUUGCCACCAGCACUGACGGCCACGCACCCCCAAAUGCCGUGAGAGGAGACACAGCUGGGCCCAUGGGAGGCCCUGGUCGUGUCUGCCCCUCUUGGUGGAUGGAGAGACCUCUUUCUGGCAUUGUCCUGUGCCCGGGACACGGCUGUGCUCAGAGGCCGAGGCCAGGGUGAGAUGGCCACAGGCUGGUGGCCUGCACACCUGCCAUGCCACUGCCUUGACCCGAAACACUCCGCUCGCAGCGCCAGGGCCACGGGCCGAGAGUCAGAGCCCUGUGUCCGCCUGGGUCUCACGACAGCAUCCCAAACCCUCGAUGGUUCCCGGCAAAGCCACCUGGAACUUGGCUGCCUUUUCUGUCCUGUCACCCCUACCCCACACCCCACCCUCUCUUCCUGCUCUCUUCUCCCCCACUUCUCCAGUGCUAGAUUAGGGAGCAGAGUAAUUUAUAUCCCGUUGUUAAUAAAUAGACCAACACGUGUCUUUUCUUCCC